AUGGAUCAACAACGGGAGGACAGGCUUGUGCUCUUGGACAAGGCCAGAGACCAGUGGUACAGUAGCUUUCCACCAGUUCGCGACGGCGAACAGAUCGAUUGGCGUCAGCGCAAGUGGCUUCUACGGACGACGUUCAAUGAGUAUGAGAUCCUCGACGUCGCGGAGGGCAGGCUCCAGAUAGACAAACUCAGCACUGCGGAAGGCAAGAUAGCUUUUGAUCGCCAGCAGUGCAAGACCCAGCGCAUGAUCGCGUCGGCGAUGCCACCACACCGUCUGCAGCAGGUCGACCACUUGGAGACCGGCACUGAGAUGUGGACGGAGGUGAACGAGAUCUAUGAGAGGCGCAUGGACCCAGAAACUAAGGAGAGCAUCAUUCUUCGGAAGUGCGAUGAUCUCAGACAGCUCAAGUGCUCGCCAACAGGCGAUGUGAGCAUUCAUCUGGCCACGAUGUUUAGAAUUAGGUCGGACUUGAAGAGCUACGGCUACGACUUCAAGGAUAUCAACAUGAGGCAGAUGAUGCUGGACAGUCUUCCUGACCUGUAUGAGUACGAGCAAUUGCGCGGAUCAGUGAAGUAUGGACGUUCUGCAGAGAUGACCCUGGAUGAAGUCCGGGCGUUGAUUGAACGAGCGGCUGUGAAUCAGUCACUCCGCGGCAAGGGAAAUCGUGCCACUAAUAUAGGUAGUGGCCAACGACAGCAGCAAGGAGGCAGCACAGGUGCUCGCCAUCAGCAACAAAAUGGGCAAAAUAAGAGCAAGAAUAAUAAGCACGGCGAUGGUCAGCGAAAACCGAAGAGUGACAGGAAGAACAAAACUUGUCACCGGUGCAAUGAGAUUGGUCACUUCCAGCCUGAAUGUACGGCUAUUAUCGAUGGUGUUGCUGGGCCUGAUGCGGUUGCCACCAGUGGAGGAAACACUGAGACAAACGCUGGGACGCAACGGCGUAAGCAGCUCUUCCACUACACGAGUCGCGGCGGCGAAGUCUUUGUGGACAGGUGUGGAGUUGUUGAAGAUAAGCAAGGUGUGGCUGCUGGUGUUGCAAUGGUCAGUCCAAUGCUGGCCUUUCCGGGCACGAAAAAUGAGGAUGACAAGAUGGACAAGUCGCUACCAGAGGUAUCGUCAUGGUGGUGUUUUGACACAGGUUCCAGUAUGCACUUGACCAGUAAUCGUGCUCUCUUUGUUCAUCUCGAAGAAAUUCACCCAGAAAGUAUUGGGGCAAAUGUCGUUGGUAUGGCCGUUUCGACGCUAACUCGUGGGUCCGGCAUUGGUCGAGUGACAAUCUUCACUCAGGUGGGCGACAUCGAGGCUGAGAACUUUUUGGACGAUGUACUGUACGUGGAAGGCGCGUCACACGGACUGUUCUCGAUGCAUCUCGCAAUUACCAAGCAGAAGUUUAAAAUCUCGUACGAUCGUGCAGAAUCGAUAUUCAGUGCAUACAAAAUUGGGGAGCAGGUGUUUUUUGCUGUAUCUCGCAAAGGAAUCUGGGUGUUUGAGGCGAAGCGUCCAGCAGAUGCUCCGCGACGCCCAGGUGUAUCGCGUGUGAUUGUCAAUUACACGAUCGCGGACGGUGUGGCCGCACUCAAGUAG